AUGGCGGCGGGAGCGCGGGCGCUGCUGGCGCUGCUGGCGCUGCUGGGGCUCUGCUCGCCGGCGCGGCCCGGGCCCUCGGGCGACGGCGGGUGGCGGGGGCGCGGCCCGGGGGCGCCGGCCGAGGAGCAGCGCUGCACCGUGGAGCGCCGGCCCGGCCUCACCCACGCCGAGUUCGCGCAGCGCUACGCCUUCUCCAGGCCCGUGGUCCUGCCCGCGCUCACGGACAACUCGCGGUUCCGCGCCCUGUGCUCCCGCGAGCGGCUGCUGGCCGCGUUCGGCGACCGCGUGGUCCGCCUGAGCACCGCCAACACCUACUCCUACCGCAAAGUGGACCUGCCCUUCCAGGAGUACGUGGAGCGGCUGCUGCGGCCCCAGGACCCCGCCUCGCUGGGCAACGACACCUUGUAUUUCUUUGGGGACAACAAUUUCACCGAGUGGGCAGCGCUGUUCCAGCACUACUCCCCGCCCCCCUUCGGUCUGUUGGGCACUACUGCUGCUUACAGCUUUGGGAUUGCAGGAGCCGGCUCUGGGGUGCCCUUUCACUGGCACGGGCCCGGGUUCUCGGAAGUGAUCUACGGCCGCAAGCGCUGGUUUCUGUACCCGCCUGGGAAGACACCAGAGUUCCACCCCAACAAGACCACGCUGGCCUGGCUCCAGGACACAUAUCCAGCCCUGGCACCCUCCGAGCGGCCCCUGGAGUGCACUGUGCUCUAUUUCCCUGACCGAUGGUGGCACGCCACGCUCAACCUCGACACCAGCGUCUUCAUCUCCACCUUCCUCGGCUAGCCAGCCCGCGCACGGCAGCACACGCCUGGCAGCACGCACAGAUUUUAUUGCAGGGGCAGCGCAGCAGCGGCCUCAGCCCAGCCCACCCUUCCCUGCUACUCAUGGCCCAGGCGGAGGGGAGGGGAGGGGAGGGGAGGCUGCGGCCCAGCAGCAGGAUGGGUGGGGCAGGCGGGGACGCAGACUAUGUACAGGCUGGAGCUACUGCCCAGGGCCCCUGGGCCAGGCCGCCCGCAGUGGAGCAGGCACCCCGGCCUCAGUAGUCCUCCACCCAGCCGUUCUCAGAGAUGAAGGCGUCGAUGACCUCUUUCAUGGCCAAGUUGGGGAUGAGUUGAUCCUGGGUCAGGGGGCUCCGGGUCACGGGGUCAAAGUGGCCCACACGCUGUGUGGACAGUGGGAUCAGAGGGUGCUCGUGGGCCCCACCCCCGCCCCACCCCCCAUGCCCCGGCCUCACCUGCAGGUGCUCCUCGAUGUCCUUGCGGUCGUAGGUGAUGCCGCUGGGUGUGAUGCAGGGCUCUCGCAUCAGCUCAAAGCUGAUCUUGCCACACAGGUAGUCGGGGAUGUCGCGCUUCUGCAGCAGGGGGCCAGGUCAGGGGGGGAGGGGCCCCCACCCCCCGGCCCCAGAGCCCAGCUCACCUUCCUGCGCUCGUCCACCUGGGAGAACAGCUCAUCCAUGCCCGCCAAGUACUUGUCCUGUGAGGAAGCGGCUGCGUGGGCCCCAUGCUCCCCUCCCCAACCCUGUGCAGGCACCUACCCCGCAAUCGCCAGCCCCUGCCGCGGACAGACCCGGGCGUGGGCCGGGCACCCUCACGUGCUUGGCCUCAAUGCAGGCCUGCUGGGCCCGGACGUGGCCGUCGUCCUCAUCCCCCUCGUGGCUCCGCUGACACUCGUCCAGCUCCCUGCAAUGGACCAGGAGCUGGUCAGACGUGGGGCAGACCCACCCCACCUGCGGCUGUGGCUGCGCCCCUCCUGCUUGCCAGCCCUGCUGUCAAAUAAAUGCUCGCACGGACGCUCCGCGUGGGUGACUGGGGGGCCCACCUCUCGCGCUCAGCCACGAUGAGGCGAGUGAGGUAGGCGUGCAGCUCGUUCUCCUGGUGGAUGCGCCGCUCCUCGAGGCUGUUCCAGCGCUUCUUCUUGGCAAUGCGUAAGGCGCUGGGGAUGUCGUCCCCGAAGUUGAGCCUCUGCUCCUUGGCUAGGUUGUAGGCUGGGGACCGGGAAGCCCGCGGUCACUCCUGGCCGGUGGGUGCACCCGGCCCGGGCACCCCGCCCUCCCCAGGCCCACCUCGCUGCAGGUUGGCGAUGGCCUCGUCGAAGCUCUCCAUCUCCAGCUGGCACUGCCCCAGGAAGAAGUGCGCCUUCACGGACUGGCCGUCCAGCUCCAGGGCGCGCCGGCAGUCGGCCAGGGCCUGCUCGUGCUGCUGCAUCUUCAGGUAGCACAGCGCGCGGUUGGUGUA